CCCGGUGUCCCUGGCGCUGCCCCGGUGCUGCCCCGGUGUGCCUGGAGCCGCCCCGGUGUCCCUGGCGCUGCCCCGGUGCCGCCCCGCAGGAUGUACCGCAAGGAGAAGAGCAUCCAGCUGAAGAGCAGCAGCGCAGCGCUGUACAACAACCUCAGCGUGCUGCGCCCGCCCGGCCGGCAGCUCGCCUGCUUCAGCGCCGUGCACGGCCCCAGCCUGAGCGUGGUCAGCGCCGAUGGGGUCGGCUUCUCCCACCGCCAGCUGCAGGCGAAGGAGGGUGGGAUGGCCGUCAGCACCUCCGUCCUCACCCAGGCCGCGUGGUGCGUCCUGCCGUCGCGGGUCCUGCUGGUGCUGACUUCUCAGAAAGGGAUCCAGAUGUACGAGUCCGAUGGCUCCAUCAUGGUUUAUUGGCACGCGCUGGAUGUCGCAGAGCAUCCUCCAGCACAAGCAGUGUUUGCUCGAGGGAUCGCUGCAGCUGGCGGACGCUUCAUCUGUGUGGGGACGUCCUCUGGGCUGGUGCUGGUGUUUGACAUCCCCCCCAAAGGGACGAACAUCACGGUGAGCGAGGUUCUGGAGCAGCACCACGACGCCAUCACCGACAUCUCGGCAGAGUUGGGCCAGGCUCCGGAUGGGGCUGGUGACCUGGUGACCGCCGAUGACGCUGGGGCCCUCUGCAUCUGGAGCACGGGAGAGGAGUUCACCCUGCUCAGCAAAAUCCCGGCCUUUGGCUGCUGCUGUGCCUCCGUGAAGCUGUGGAACGGGAUCGUGGCUGCUGGCUACGGAAACGGGCAGAUUCGGCUGUACGAGGCGGCGACCGGCCUCCUGCGUGCCGAGGUCAACGCUCACGCUCGAUGGAUCUACGCCCUGGACCUGGCACCGCAGACAGGAAAGCUGCUGUCGGGCGCAGAGGACUCCUUUGUUCACGUCUGGAAGCUCAGCAGGAACCCGGACACCGACAAUGUCGAGAUCGAGCACUGCCAUGCUGAGUGUGUGACUGACACCCAGGUCUGCGGUGCCCGCUUCUGUGACCCCGAGGGAAACUCCUUCGCCGUCACCGGCUACGACCUGAGCGAGAUCUACUGCUAUGGCCGGGCGUAGGCUGCGAGCUGCGGGGUCUGUCCAGGGCAGCACUGGGGCCACGCAGGGAGAGCUGGGCUACCCCAGCACCGCGGUGCAUCAGCACCAAGGCACCGUAAGCAAAGGGGGUUCAGCACAGACCCCCGACUUCUGCUCUGUGGGGCCUGGGCAGUGGCGGUACAGGGCUGUGCCCCCAGCAGGGUGGUAGAAAUCUGUGGGAAGGUGGAGCUGAGCCAGGAUCCCCCUCGCUCCCAAAGCAAAACUGCCCUCAGCGUGGUGUGUCCAGGCGCAAGGAACAUGGGCUUGGAGCUGCUCUGGCUACGCAGGACCCUGAGCGGGUCCCUGGGCCAGGUGCUCUCCUCCUGCCUGCCCCCCCCAGCCUUCCUAGAGGGAAGGAGGCAGCAUGGCUGGGAGCAGAACCGGCUCCCUUCUUCCCAGCAGCAGCUCUCAUUCAGAUGGGAGAGGAUCCAGGGCAAACCUGUGUUACAUGCUGCUCCAGCCGGGAGAGCCUCAGGAGCUGGUCCCAGACAGGGCGGUGGUGCUUCGUGGGUGCAGCACCCGUGGGGCCACCCUUCCCUGGGGCAGCACGGUUACCUGAGAGGAGGAGAGGAGCCUCUUCUGCCUGGGGUGCCGUGGGGACCCGUGGGUCCCUGUGGGACCUUGCAUUCCAGCGGCUGCUGGCCAGAUGUGUGGGGCCGCAGCUGUGCUCUUGGGCUGGAAAAGGCAGAUGCAGCUGCACCGCAGUCCCUGCCAGGACACCCCAGGGACAGUCCCGCGGGUCCCCGCCAGCGGAGCCACCAUACUGUCCCCCUGUUCUUGCCCCCCACCCCCCCCAGCUGGCUUUGGCCCUACCUCUUGCCCCAACCAGGCUGUGCUGGAAGCAGGGGGGCAGAUGCUGUGCUCAGACUGCUCUGCCUCA